UGUGAUUUAGACGAUUACAAAAAAGAAUGCUAGCGGCUGCAGUCGAAAAAUUUAAAUAACAAAAAAUAAAAAAUGGAAUGGGGUUAAAGUCCAAAAAUAAUCAACACAUUCAAAAGACUCCAACCAGACUGACUAGCUAGAUACUUAAUACUAGAUAGAUAGAUCAGUAGAUCUAGUAUCUAGAAUUUACUAAAUUCUUGGACUUAAUUCUAGACACUAUAGAAUACUAUAGAUUAUACUCAUUAUAGAUAUAGUGAUAUAGUAACAACAACCAACAAGAACACUGAACAUGUCUAUAGAUAUUGGACUGCGAUCAGCGAUAGAAUACAUUGUUACUCGUCCUGCAUUUUUGGUUGCAGGCUUCCUAUUUUACGUGGUGCUUUAUCUCAUAUCUGUCACUUUCUUUGGAAAGAAAUAUGGCAAAAAUCCCUUCACUAAAGAUUAUAGACGUCCGCCUGAGCCUUUUGUUCAUGACACUAAGGCUCGAGAAGAUGUGCUAAAGCAGAGAUUUAAGGCAUCCCUAGUGCCUCAAAACUUAGAUGCCAUCAUCAUUGGCAGUGGAGUGGGUGGCCUAUCAGCAGGUGUCUUACUAAGUCGAGCAGGAUGCAAGGUUUUAGUACUAGAGCAACAUGACCAGGCUGGAGGCUGCUGCCACACUUUUGUGGAAAAAGGAUUUGAAUUUGACACAGGUAUUCACUACAUUGGAAAUAUGCACAAUGGAUCAGUUGAUCGUGUUUUGCUUGACCAGGUAACAGGUGGUCAGUUAAGAUGGGCUCCAAUGGAUAAUGAGUUUGAUCAGGUUGCUAUGGGAGAUCCAGCAAAUGCUAAAUUGUUCAAAAUGAAGGCUGGUGAGAAAGAGUACGUCCAAAAUCUGAUCAAUCUCUUCCCUCAAGAAAAAGAUGCUAUACUCAAAUAUAUGGAGCUUAUUAAGGAUGCAAGCUCAUCUUUUUAUGGUAUUGUCAUGUUGAAAGUGCUACCCAAGAUCCUGGUUCGCUUCUUGGUGGUAACAGGCCUGUACAAAAUAGUAUUUAGAUGCUAUAGGAAAAGGUACGCUGAGAAAACACUACAGGAAUUUCUGGAUGAGCUGACUAGCAACAAGGAGCUCAAGCUGGUUUUGUCAUACAUAUGUGGAGAUUAUGGUAUAUUUCCUAAAGACGUGCCAUUUUUUCUUCAUGCUAUAUUAAUCACACACUACCAGAAGGGAGCCUAUUACCCCAGGGCUGGAACCUCUGAAAUUCCAUUUCACAUGAUCCAGUCUAUUGAGAAAGAGGGAGGGAAAGUUCUGGUCCAGGCUCCAGUGACUAAAAUUUUGUGUGACGAGAAGGGCAGGGCUGUUGGUGUCAGAGUUGGAAAAAAUGAAAUGGAUGUGUUUGCUAGAUAUAUCAUAUCUGAUGCAGGUGUUGUAAACACAUUCAAAACAUUGUUGCCAGAAAGUGUUGCCAGAUCUUCUUGUAUAUAUCCAUUGAUCGAAAAAGUUGGACCCAGUUGUUCUUUCAUUACUGCAUUUAUUGGAGUAGAGGGCAGCCCAAGUGAACUCAAAUUGCCUGCUGGAAACACAUGGGUUUACAAUACUGAUGACAUCAAUAAAACCAUGUCAGAAUUUUUGAAUUUGAAAGCUGAUGAAAUGGAAGAUGUUCAAAUACCAUUUGGUUACAUUUCUUUCCCAUCAGCCAAGGAUACCGAAUGGGAAAAAAAACAUCCUGGAAAGAGUUCUGUCUUAGUAAUUACAUUGGCCAACUGGGAUUGGUUCAAGGAAUGGAAAGAUGAAAAACUACGCCACAGGGGAGAUCGUUAUGAAGGAAUAAAAGAUAUCAUAGGACGUCAGCUAUGGCAACAAUGUGUUGAUCUGUUUCCUCAACUUGAUGGAAAGAAAGUUUAUAUGGAAGUAGGAACACCAGUGACCAACCAGUAUUACCUAGCGGCCCCUCAAGGGGAAAUGUAUGGCCUAGCACAAGGGAAAGCUAGGUUUACAGCAGAUGUGGCAAGCAAACUGAGGCCUGAUACAGAUAUACCAGGCUUGUUUUUAACUGGUCAAGACACAAUGACCUGUGGAUUUACCUCUGCUCUUACCAUGGGCUUGGUGUGUGCAUCACAAAUUUUAAACAGAAACCUGUACUCUGACCUUUUGAAGAUCAGAAAGCAAGUGAAGAAGAUUGAUGACUUGACAAAAAUUAAAAGUGAUUAACAGUUCCUCUAUUAGGAACAUUUACUUCAAUUCUUAGACAUUAACUGAUUAAAACUUGAAAAUUUUGAUGUAAUUAUGCAUGUUCAAGAGAUUCAAAAUGAUUUACUAAUUAUGGUAGACAUAUUUUAUUUUGGACUGCAUAUAAAUUUUUUUAAAAGUGCUGUUAAAGAUAUUAGGAAUAAUGAAAAGUUUUUACAUUUAAUGUGGCAUAAAAAGUUGGAUUGCCAUUCCAAAACAUAAGAAUUCAUUUAUAAACGUCAUUCAAAUAUGUUAGUUAAUUGACCUUUUAAAAUCAAUUAUAAACUAUUUUCUUACUUGUAUCUGCUUUAGCCUAACUAUUCUAGUAACAAAAUUAACUUUUAAAUAACUUUUUAGUGUUGCCCUUAUAAUUUUGUAUUGUUGAAUACAGGUAUGAUAUAAUAUUUGCUUAUGCCCUAUUGUUGUCAUUCCAAACCUCCUAACUAUAACUUCCUACUAAUGGAUGUGUUUAAACUUUGUAAAAUAAAAAAAUGUUACAUUUUUUUUUACAUUAAACAUUACUUAUUUAUUUCAA